GAAAAGUCCUCUGCUCCUUUUUUUACCCCAUUUGCACAACGAGUUCACCAUUUUCUUCGUAUUUUUUUUAUGCUGUAUAAACAACGACGAUCCGCGAUGUUCUGAAUCCGACCACGAACUCGAGCGCAAAAAACGCGGAAUCUGUCCGAGAUCUAACCCGAUCCGCUUCCGAUUGGUCUCUGGAUCUCAAAAUCUCUCUCUGCGUCCAGAACAGUAUUCCGAAUUCGGAUCGGAGACAUGCCGGUGGCCGCUUCCGCCGUGUACUUCUUGAACCUCCGCGGCGAUGUCCUCAUCAACCGCCUCUACCGCGACGACGUCGGGGGAAAUAUGGUGGAUGCCUUUCGAAUGCAUAUAAUGCAAACGAAAGAACUUGGUACAUGUCCCGUGAGGCAGAUCGGGGGAUGUUCUUUCUUUUACAUGAGAAUCAGCAAUGUCUACAUUGUAAUUGUGGUCAGCAGCAAUGCUAAUGUUGCCUGUGCGUUCAAGUUUGUUGUUGAGGCUGUUACACUAUUCAAAUCGUAUUUUGGCGGGGCUUUUGAUGAAGAUGCUAUUCGCAAUAAUUUUGUCUUGAUUUAUGAGCUAUUGGAUGAAAUCAUGGACUUUGGUUAUCCCCAAAAUCUUUCUCCGGAAAUUCUGAAGCUUUACAUCACUCAGGAAGGAGUACGCUCGCCGUUCUCAUCCAAGCCUGCAGAUAAGCCAGUCCCGAAUGCAACUUUACAAGUUACAGGGGCUGUUGGAUGGCGAAGAGAGGGUCUUGUUUACAAAAAGAAUGAGGUGUUUCUGGAUAUUGUGGAGAGUGUGAAUCUUCUUAUGUCCUCAAAAGGUAGUGUUUUGCGAUGUGAUGUGACUGGGAAAAUUCUGAUGAAGUGCUUUCUUUCUGGAAUGCCUGAUUUGAAGUUGGGUUUAAACGAUAAAAUUGGCCUUGAGAAGGAGUCACAACUUAAGUCACGUCCCACUAAGAGCGGGAAAACUAUUGAGCUUGAUGAUGUGACUUUCCAUCAAUGCGUAAACCUGACAAGGUUCAACUCAGAAAAGACCGUUAGUUUCGUGCCACCAGAUGGUGAAUUUGAAUUGAUGAAGUAUCGUAUCACUGAGGGUGUAAAUCUACCAUUCCGGGUGUUGCCAACAAUCAAGGAACUUGGCCGGACACGCAUGGAAGUAAAUGUUAAGGUAAAGAGUGUGUUUGGUGCAAAGACUUUUGCACUUGGAGUUGUUGUUAAGAUUCCCGUACCAAAACAAACUGCAAAAACAAGUUUCCAAGUGACGUCAGGUCGAGCUAAAUACAAUGCUGCUAUUGAUUGCUUGGUCUGGAAGAUAAGGAAAUUUCCUGGACAAACCGAGACAACCUUGAGUGCAGAAGUAGAGUUGAUUUCCACAAUGACAGAAAAGAAGUCUGCGACUAGACCGCCAAUCCAGAUGGAAUUCCAGGUUCCUAUGUUUACGGCAUCUGGAUUGCGUGUCCGUUUUCUCAAGGUGUGGGAGAAGAGUGGGUACAACACAGUUGAGUGGGUCCGUUACAUUACCAAAGCCGGUUCCUACGAGAUUAGGUGCUAGAAACAGUCGGCAGCCAUAAAUUUCUUGGUGGAUUUUAUGGUGGAGAGGGAAAGCAUUUGCGGUUGUGUAUCUUGGUAGAAGGCACUAUUGCAUGCAUGCAUUUGCUUUGGAAACAAGGUUUAACGGUGGCUUCUGCAAAGUUGCAGCUUCGGAUGGAUCUGGUUCUUGUGUUGUUCGAGGGGCUUUUACAUCUUCUGAUAGAUUUGUAUCCAUAGGAAUUGCUUUGGAGUCGAAACAGUGAUUCUGAUUAUUGUGUUGUAAAGGAUAGUCCUCCAUUAGGACUAGUAAAGCGUGGCUUUUAUUUUUGUCUUCCGACACUUGUGAUCAUCAGAUUGUGUGUUUUAUUUGAAGAGUUAAUUUUGACAUAA